GGCAUUCAGCGGACACGCGGACCUCCCUCUCAGAACUCGUCACCCUCCCCUCCCCCACCCGCCGCCGUCACCCGGGAAACCAGCCACAAUCACCCGCAGACCUGAAGCUGGUUUCAUGGCAGCCUCAAAUAAGUCAGUUUUGGGGCCAUUGGUAGGGGCGGUGGACCAGGGCACCAGUUCCACACGCUUUUUGGUUUUCAGUUCAAAAACAGCUGAACUGCUCAGUCAUCAUCAAGUGGAAAUAAAACAAGAGUUUCCCAGAGAAGGAUGGGUGGAACAAGACCCGAAGGAAAUUCUGCAUUCUGUCUAUGAGUGUAUAGAGAAAACAUGUGAGAAACUCGGACAGCUCAAUAUUGAUAUUUCCAACAUCAAAGCUAUUGGCGUCAGCAACCAGAGAGAAACCACUGUAGUCUGGGACAAGUUAACUGGAGAGCCUCUCUACAAUGCUGUGGUGUGGCUUGACCUAAGAACCCAGUCUACCGUUGAGAGUCUUGGUAAAAGAAUUCCAAGAAGUAACAACUUUGUCAAGUCCAAGACAGGCCUUCCACUUAGCACUUACUUCAGCGCCGUGAAACUUCGUUGGCUCCUUGACAAUGUGAGAAAAGUUCGAAAGGCUGUUGAAGAAAAACGAGCGCUUUUUGGAACUAUUGAUUCAUGGCUUAUUUGGAGUUUGACGGGAGGAGUCAAUGGAGGGGUCCACAAUACGGAUGUAACAAAUGCAAGCAGGACUAUGCUUUUCAACAUUCAUUCUUUGGAAUGGGAUAAACAGCUCUGUGAAUUUUUUGGAAUUCCAAUGGAAAUUCUUCCAAAUGUCCGGAGUUCUUCUGAGAUCUAUGGCCUAAUGAAAGCUGGGGCCCUGGAAGGUGUGCCAAUAUCUGGGUGUUUAGGGGACCAGUCUGCUGCAUUGGUGGGACAAAUGUGCUUCCAGAAUGGACAAGCCAAAAAUACGUAUGGAACGGGAUGUUUCUUACUAUGUAAUACAGGCCGUACAUGUGUAUUUUCUGAUCAUGGUCUUCUCACCACAGUGGCUUACAAACUUGGCAGAGACAAACCGGUAUAUUAUGCAUUGGAAGGUUCUGUAGCUAUAGCUGGUGCUGUUAUUCGCUGGCUAAGAGACAAUCUUGGAAUUAUAAAGACCUCAGAAGAAAUUGAAAAACUUGCUAAAGAAGUAGGUACUUCUUAUGGCUGCUACUUCGUCCCAGCAUUUUCGGGGUUAUAUGCACCUUAUUGGGAGCCCAGUGCAAGGGGGAUAAUCUGUGGACUCACUCAGUUCACCAAUAAAUGCCAUAUUGCUUUUGCUGCAUUAGAAGCUGUUUGUUUCCAAACUCGAGAGAUUUUGGAUGCCAUGAAUCGAGACUGUGGAAUUCCACUCAGUCAUUUGCAGGUAGAUGGAGGAAUGACCAGCAACAAAAUCCUUAUGCAGCUACAAGCAGACAUUCUGUAUAUUCCAGUAGUUAAGUCCCUGAUGCCUGAAACCACUGCACUGGGUGCCGCCAUGGCAGCAGGGGCUGCGGAAGGAGUCGGCGUGUGGAGUCUCGAACCUGAGGAUUUGUCUACCAUCACGAUGGAGCGGUUUGAACCUCAGAUUAAUGCUGAGGAAAGUGAAAUUCGUUAUUCUACAUGGAAGAAAGCUGUGAUGAAGUCAAUGGGUUGGGUUACAACUCAGUCUCCAGAAAGUGGUGACCCUAGUAUCUUCUGCAGUGUGUCCUUGGGCUUUUUUAUAGUGAGUAGCAUGGUAAUGUUAAUUGGAGCAAGGUACAUCUCAGGUAUCCCAUAAAUAUUACCAACGCAUAUGUUCCCAAGAAGCGAGCUUCUUACAUAAUGAGAGAAUCCAGCAAUUCUGUCUCUUAAUGCGAUGACACUAUUCAUAGACUUUGAGUUUAUUAGAAGCCGCUUGCUGCAUGACCCUCCAAAUAGACCUAUGGCUUAAAAUAAAGAAAAUGCAGCUAAAACAAUACUAUGGAAGCAUCUGUGGUUUCUUUCUUUCUUUUUUAAUUUUUAACAUCUACAGUUAAGGUUAGGCCAGCUACCUUUGGGACUGACCCCCUCCAUUGCCAUAACAUCUUGCCCCAUUCCCUCUAAGAUCUAGAAAGAAUUUGGAUCCUCACUAUUGAAAUCUUCCAUCAGACAUACUCAAACACUAUUGGAUGAGGCUCUGAGUCUCUGCAUGACAUAUACUUGAUUAAAAGAUUAUUACUAACCUGUUAAAAAUGAGCAGCUCUUUGCUUUUAACAGAUACUCCAAAAGUCUUCUUUUCUACAUAGAAGACUGCAACAUCUUCACUGAAUGUUUGAAUAGAAACCUUUACUAAAUUAUUAAAAUAGACAUUUAGUGUUCUCACAGCUUGGAUAUUUUCCUGAAAAGUAUUUGCCAAAACUGAAAUCCUUCAGAUAUUUUCCAUGGUCCAACUAAUUAUAAUGACUUUCUGUCUGGAUCUUAUAGGAAAGGACACUUUCUUUUUUCUUCCAUGUUUCCUUUUUAUAUUUUUUACUUUGUAUGUAUAACAUACAUGCCUAUAUAUUUUACAUACUGAGGGUAGCCAAUUUAUAGAUUAAGAGCACAUUAUAUUCAGAAGAUUCUAACAGGGCUGGUCUUAAGUGAACCACUAUGUAUAUAAAUAUGUUAGAAAACAGCUGUAUACAUUUUUGGACAAUCAUUAUGCAUAAUAUUUACUAGGAGAAUUUUUUUCUUCAAGAGCCAACAUUUAAAAUUUGUUUUAAGUCAAUAAAAGAAAAUACACUU